GAGCCUACACAGUGUCUAAUAUAUAAACAUAUAUAAAAACAGAAGAUGGAUCUCUAUGAAUUAAUUGGUAUAGAAAGAACAGCUUCUAUUCAAGAAAUUAAGAAAGCAUAUCGUAAGAAGGCUCUGUGUUGCCAUCCUGACAAAAAUCCAGAUAAUCCGAAAGCAGCUGAAUUAUUUCAUGAAUUAUCACGAGCGUUAGAGAUUCUUAUUGACACAUCUGCUCGGGCAGCUUAUGACAAGGUUAUUAAUGCUAAGUAUCAACAAAAAUUACGUGCUAAAGAAUUUGAUUUAAAACGCAAAAAAUUGAAAGAAGAUUUGGAAGCACGGGAAUUUGCUGAAAAGUCUUUGAAUACAGAUAAUGAGAAAUUACAGGCUGAGAUAGAGCGAUUGCGAAAAGAAGGAUCAAAGCAAGUACAGGAAGAAAUAGCACUUAUGAAUAGACAGUUUGAAAAACAAUCAAAAGUAGUUUACAAGGAAUCACAAACUAACAGUGAUUCUUAUAAAUUAAAAGUGAAAUGGAAGUCUCAUAAAAAUCAGACCAACAAUGGUGGAUAUGACUAUAAUACGUUAUAUAGAAUUUUCUCAAAGUAUGGGAAAAUAAUUGCUCUUGUUAUUUCCUCCGCAAGAGAAGGCAGAGCAUUAGUAGAGUAUCAAAAAAGAAGCGAUGCUGAAAUGGCUCUAAACUAUGAAAUUGGUUUAGCUCAAUAUCCACUUAAACUUGAAAAAUUAUGGGACAAAGAGAAAAAAUCAAACAUUUCUGUCACAGAAACUGCUUACAAUGAUAGUAAUUCUGUGGAGCACAGAGUAAAUCAAAGUAUGUUUGAUAUUGAACAAUUUGAACAUACUGUAUUGAAUAAUUUAAAGAGAGCUGAAGAAAGAAAAAGAUCUAUAGGAAAAAAAGACACAAUGGAAAGCACUUGAUAAAAUAUUUUUAUGUUGAUUAUACUGUUUUUAAGUUUUUAUUAUGCAAAUUGUUACAAUUUGCACCUGAAUAGCAAAAUUAUAUUAUAGACACACGGAAUAUGGACUGAAAGAUAUUGAAGCGUAUUGUACAUAUCUAUAUCGUUAAAAUAAGUAAUAAAAUUUAUACACAAAAGUUUUACAGAUAUUCUAAUACAUUUGUGGGAUAUUUAUUUGUCAAUUGUAACAAAUAAUUAUUCUAUUUUAUAAGCAUAUUGGAUUUGAGACUCAUAGCACUUAGACUGUAACUAAAUUUAUUAGAAUUAUUUAAGUACAGAUGACAUCCUUUCGUUCCUUUUGCUUUUUUUGUUUCUUUACUUCUGUUUCAUCGAUAGGUGCUGGUUUAACAAACGGAAUUUCAUACUCGUAUUCUAUUGGCAUAAACUGUGCAAGAACCUUUGGUACUUUAACAGAAGUAUCUGUUUGAUGUACUUCCAAAAUUGCACAUAUGACGCGAGUAACCGCACACAUGGUUGCAUUUAACAUAUGAACGUAAUCUGUAUUAGCAUUCAUCUUCUUGGUUUGACCAUAUCUAAAACACAUCGAUAGGAUACUUCACUUACAGAAAAUGCGAUAAUAACAAUAAUAAUAAUAAAAUAAAAUAUGUUGUAGUAUUCAAGUUUAUUAUGUUUUGCUUAUUACCUGACCAGUAAACGUCUUGCUUGAUAAUCUAAGCAGUUGCUACAUGAGACAAGUUCGCGAAAAGCGCUUGAUCCCGGAAACCAUGCUUCUAAGUCUAGUUUUUUUGAAGCAGCAUUAUUCAAUGCACCAGAUACUAUAUUUACUAUACGAUAAGGAAUUUCCAAAGAUUUAUAAAAUUCUUCUGCAUUUGAAAUCAUUUCUUCCAUCAUUUGCCAAGAUUUAUCAUCAUAUGGUGAUGUUAAACAGAAUUGCUCUACCUAUCAUCCAUGUAUAUCUAAUAUGUAAAUUUAUAUUAUGUUCCAUAUAAUAAAUGAAACUAUAGCUAUAA